AGCUAAUAACAAUACUAUGAUGGACAAUUUUCUAGUUAAAAAGCUUAUUGGAUGAUGCCGCAGAAUGUUUAAUUCUUUUAAUAAAGAUUCAUCAUUUAAAUACCGGGCCAAAUAUGGAGAAGAAAGUAAAGGUGGCGCAAUAAAAAUAUCAAAGCCCGCGAUCACUUUGUAAAUGUAAAUGACAAGGAUUCGCAAAGUGCAGGCGGAAAAAGGUGAAAAAGACGCAAACUGAUAAGCACUGCAAAAAAGCUCAUUAUUAUCCAUAAAUAUGUGCGGCAGUUGGAACAGCACGAUGGACAGCACCAGCGGCAAUAACAGCAGAAGAACCAGCACUAGCACCAACAGCGAUAUUGAUAACCAUUCAAAAGAUUACAGCAGCAGCAAAGUAAACUGCACUAUUUGCUUGGAAUCGUAUCGAUCGGUUGACAAUAUCUGGGGAGGCACUUGCGGUCAUGUCUUCCACUGGACGUGCCUGGAGCGUUGGAAAGAAAACUCGGAACAAUGCCCAACUUGCCGCAGUACAAGUGCCACAUUCUUUCCGAUUUACUUGAACUUUGAUGAAUCGGAAUCAAAUCACUUGCCCAAUAAAAGCACACAAAUUGAGUAUAAAUAUGAAUAUGAACAUGCGCUAUAAAGCAGCCCUUGUGGGCUCAAAACUUCGUUGUAUUACACCAUACCAAUUUAUACAUUUUUACAAUUUUACAAUCUAUGCCGGCUGUAUGCCAAUGACACAUGUAGGUAAUAAAUAUUUACAUAUACGUACUUAUAUCAUAG